AUGACUGGACGAUUUGUGAUGCCAAAAACAAAUGAUGCAAAACAGCUACUAGACAUUGGAAACGGAAAAAUGCCUAUCGAUGAAACAACAAAAUGCAUAACAUUUCCAGCUGAUUUUUGUGAAAUUGUGGCAACCAAAGAUCAGCUUAUAUCGAAGGUGUUUCCAGAUAUUGGUCAUAAUCACAAAAAUCAUCAGUGGCUGAGCGUUCGAGCAAUCCUUGCUCCAAAAAAUCAGGACGUAAACGCUAUUAAUUACAGCAUUCAGGAUGCUAUCGAGGGAGAUGAGAGAACCUACAAAUCCGUUGAUACAGUAACCAAUACUGACGAAGUGGUGAACUAUCCGACAGAGUUCCUCAAUUCUCUUGAUUUGCCUGGUUUGCCACCACACGUCCUGAUUUUGAAAGUUGGUGUGCCAAUAAUACUACUGCGGAACAUUAAUCCCCCACGGCUUUGCAACGGCACUCGGCUCGCUGUUAAAAGAUUGAUGGAUAAUAUCAUCGAGGCAACAAUUUUGAAUGGCAAGUUUAAAGGAGCAGACGUUCCGUUACCACGUAUUCCGAUGAUACCAACGGAUCUGCCUUUUGAUUUUAAAAGGUUGCAGUUCCCUGUACGACUGGCUUUUGCAAUGACGAUUAACAAGUCUCAAGGGCAGUCCCUUGAAGUUUGCGGAGUAGAUCUCGAACCACCAUGUUUUUCCCACGGACAAUUGUACGUCGCUUGCUCCCGUGUCGGAUCCCCGAUCAACUUGAUUAUUUAUGCUCCAGAUAGAAAAACGAAGAGUAUAACAUAUCCCACAGCAUUACGUUGA